AUGGGAUUACAAAACCGCAAACUUUCGGACAAACUUCAACUAGAUCCGAACCUCACCCUGGAAAAAGCUACAAAUUUAGCGAGACAAAGAGAGACGGUGAAACAACAACAAAACAUUCUUGACGGCCGCUUCAAGUCUACUCCAGUGCACAUUGAUGGCAUCGCGAAAGGAAAAUCACGGAGAAACAAAGGAAACUUCAAAGAGAAGUCGCAAGACAAGUCUAAAGAGAAACCUUCCGAUAGCUCCAAAGAGAAAAAUCCUGAUCAAAAGUGCCAAAGGUGCCUUGGAAAAUCGCACCCGAAGAAAACGUGUCCUGCACGCCUCUCCAAAUGUAACAAGUGUUCAGGUGGGUGCAGGCUUGUAAAAGUUCAAAACCAGGAAAAGUAUUAAUUUUGAAGUUGCUGAAGAGGAAGAAUCUUUCUUUCUAGGAGAAAUCGUCGACAUUAGUGAAGUCCAAAGCAACUCUACAAAGUCACCAUGGACUACAACUGUUCUUGUGGAGAAGGAAACCAGUUAA